GCAAAUUGCAAAUUUUAUAUGAAAUUUAAUUUUAUGUAAGACAUCGAGGCAUUUAUUUACUGAAUUAGAACUAAAGUUUUCAAAUUACUGUGCUAAUAUUUAGGUCUGUGAUUCAGCAAAGUGCUAAGAGAAAAAUGAACUGCCAAUCUCUGUUGUUCCUAUUUGGACUUUUUCUCAGCAUAGUUCCCUGCUUUGGUGUUUAUGAGGGACCUAUUUAUGAUCAUUCUGCAUAUACUAAGUGUAAAUCAGUGCCAGAAGACGCGCUUUACAAUGGUGGAAUAAUGAAGGAUUAUAGGACAAUCAGAAAUCAAGUCAUUCAACCUGAAAAUAAUUCCUAUAACUUUGUCCUCAAUGAUCUCUCUGGCGAUACCAUCUACAGCUUCUCCAGUUGGGUCCAGAUAGUUGAUGCAGAUUCAGCCGUGAUAAAGGCAAUCCUAGAAACAGCUAAUGGUACAGUUAAGUGUAUAGGAAAUGUCAUUGCUAGGCUUGGUUGCUGGUCAUUUUUGAAGGGUGGAUUUGUUCUUGAUCUUCCUUCCUCCUAUGCUAUACUAUAUUUCCAGAGAUCAGACGGGGGAAUGUUAAAUAUCGCGAUUUCUAGUGUUUCAUUGCAGCCAUUUACUUAUCAGCAAUGGAGAAGAAACCAACAGGACAUGAUCGAUAAAGAAAGAAAAUGCAUGACGACUAUACACGUAUCAGAUGUGCAAGGAGAAAGAGUUACAGGAGCAUCAAUCAUAGUAGAGCAAGUUUCUAGAGAUUUUCCACUUGGUUCUGCCAUCACAAAGACAAUUCUUGGAAAUCCAACAUAUCAGAAAUGGUUUAAAGAGAGGUUCAAUGCCGCGGUUUUUGAAGAUGAACUCAAGUGGUAUUCAACAGAACCUCACCAAGGAGAAGUGAACUAUACAAUACCUGAUCAAAUGCUAAAAUUCACUCGAGCGAACCAAAUCAUAGCCCGAGGCCACAACAUAUUCUGGGAAGAUCCACAAUACGUUCCUUCAUGGGUUCGAAAUCUCACUGGUCCUGACCUUCAAUCAGCUGUUAACUCUAGGAUACGAAGUUUGAUGAACAAAUACAAGAAUGAGUUCGUUCACUGGGAUGUUGACAAUGAAAUGCUUCAUUAUGAUUUCUAUGAACAAAGACUUGGUACCAACACAAGCCUUGAGUUUUUUCAAACAGCACAACAGUUAGACCCUUUAGCAAAAUUGUUUAUGAAUGACUAUAAUGUUGUGGAGACUUGCAAUGACAUGAAUUCUACAGUUGAUGCCUAUAUUUCCAAAUUGAGAGAUUUAAAACAAGGUGGAGUAUUUAUGGAUGGAAUUGGCCUAGAAGGACAUUUUACAGUACCAAAUCCUCCACUCAUCAGAGCAGUGUUAGACAAAUUGGCUACACUUAAACUUCCUAUAUGGCUUACAGAAAUUGAUAUCAGCAAGAAUCUUGAUAAAGAAACUCAGGCUAGAUAUCUAGAGAUGGUUUUAAGAGAGGGAUUUUCACAUCCAGGUGUUAAUGGAAUAAUGCUUUGGACAGCAUUACAUCCUAAUGGAUGUUAUCAGAUGUGUUUGACAGAUAACUAUUUCAAUAAUCUCCCUGCUGGGGACACAGUAGAUAAUUUGCUGAAAGAAUGGCAAAGUGGAGUGGUGCACGGUGAUACUGAUGAACAUGGCUCAUUUAGCUUUUCUGGUUUUUUAGGUGAGUACAAGGUCACUGUCAAAUUUGGCAACAGAACAGCAAAUUCAACAUUCUCAUUAUACACAGGUGGUGAAACCAGACACUUAAAUGUUCGGUUGUAAUGGAGUUACUCAGAUGUAAUGAAUCGUUCGUAUAAGUUUGCACAUACUUA